AUGCCACCAAAGAAGAAGGGAGUCGUCGAAAAACCAAUUUUGCUUGGAAGACCAGGUAACAACUUGAAAUCCGGAAUUGUUGGUUUGGCCAACGUCGGAAAGUCCACUUUUUUCCAAGCCAUCACCAGAUGUCCUUUGGGUAACCCAGCCAACUAUCCAUUUGCUACCAUCGACCCAGAAGAAGCCAGAGUCAUUGUUCCUUCUCCUCGUUUUGACAAAUUAUGUGAGUUGUACAAGCCUAAGUCCGAAGUUCCUGCCUUUAUGACCAUUUACGACAUUGCUGGUUUGACCAAAGGUGCACAUGCGGGUGAAGGUUUGGGUAACAAUUUCUUGGCCAACAUUAGAGCCGUCGAUGCCAUCUACCAGGUGGUCAGAUGUUUUGAGGACUCUGAGAUUAUCCACAUCAACGACGAAGUCAACCCAAUUGCCGACUUGGAAAUCAUCAAGGAUGAGUUGAGAUUGAAGGAUAUCGAGUUUGCUCAAAAGCACUUAGAAGGUAUCGAGAAAAUCACCAGAAGAGGUGGCCAGUCUUUGGAAGUCAAGCAAAAGAAGGAGGAAGCCGAGUUAGUUAAGAGAAUCAUCCAGUUGUUGGAAGAUGGAGGCAGAGUGGCCAACCAGAAAUGGACACAGAAAGAGGUGGAGGUUAUCAACAGCAUGUUCCUCUUGACUGCCAAGCCAUGUAUCUACUUGCUCAACUUGAGUGAGAGAGACUACGUCAGAAAGAAGAACAAGUGGUUGUUGAAGAUCAAAGAGUGGGUUGAUGCCAACUCUCCAGGCGAUGUGAUUAUCCCACUUUCUGUCUCUAUGGAGUCGCACUUGGCUGGCUUGGAGACAGACGAAGAAAGAGAGGCUUACUGUAAGGAAAUCGGCGCCCAGUCUGCUUUGCCAAAAAUCAUCACCACCAUGAGACAAAAGUUGGACUUGAUUUCCUUCUUCACCGGAGGUCCAGAUGAAGUUAGAGAGUGGACCAUCAGAAGAUACUUCACUGCACCUCAGGCCGCUGGUACUAUCCACACAGACUUGGAGAAGACGUUUAUUUUGGCCCAGGUUACCAAGUACGAUGACUUGGUGGAGCUUGGCGAUGAGAACGCCGUCAAGGCCGCUGGUAAGUUGAUGAUGAAGGGUAAAGACUACAUUGUGGAGGACGGUGACAUCUUGUUCAUCAAGGCUGCUGAGGGUAAGGCUCGUUAA